GGGGCCGGGAUGGGCAGCGCUUCCUCUUGCACUUGCCCCCACCACAACCAUGUGCAUGGUGAACAGGUAGCCCAUCCUUGCCUUCCCCCAGUCUCGUGAUUGAGCAAGGACCAUGUUCUGCUUCGUACUGCGCAAACGCGCAGACAGUAAUCCAAGGUUAACAAGCCGGAGUUUGAAAGUGUCGACAGUGGUGGCUUCCAAGAUGAAGUGCGGGAGUUGGUUCCAUUCAAGGACUGUACGUGGAAUAAUCGAGUAUUUGUAGAAGUCCAUUUUGGUGUGAAGAGGAAGGAAAAGUGCUCCACCUCAGGCGUCACUCGUUCGGAGCAAGUAUGGAUCUGAGUGGACCAGUUGUUUUCUCGUGGCUUGCAUCAAUGCUGUGCGUAAUCAAUGUUAGCUGUAGCAAUGACUUCGUAACAAUGAAGAAUCAAUCGCUAGGGGAACGGCUAAAGCCAGUGCUGGAGAUGUUCAGCCAUGGGCUGCAUCAGGCCAACCUGUCUCAACCAGAGGCACCUGUCUCCGAUAAGUCCUAUUCUUUGUGCCUGGCUGAUCUGUAUAAACUCGGCAGCAACUUCAAAGCUUUGGAUGCAUUUGGCAAGCCUGAUGCUGGAUUAUAUGAAGGCGAUGCUGUUUGGCUGGGAAAUUAUGAUGAGUGUUUGUCAAUUGUUGGCUUUAACUACUGCCUGGCGAAUCUGUUGAUUAAUGCCACCAAGCUGGGUGUCAAGGGUGUGCCAAUCAUUGAUAUCCGUUGGGGAUUAUGUACUCCUGUCUCCUGCUCCAAUGAGGACUUAAUGCGUGCACUGCAAUAUUUUCAAGGUCGUCUAGAACUGAAAUAUCCUGAGUUGGAAGCAGUGACACCAAAAAGUGUGAUUUGCUCUCAGUCUCCACCGAUAUCCUACAACGCUGGAGUCAUAUGUACCAUUGUCUUAUUGUCUGUCUUAGGAGGUCUAAUGAUCAUUGGCUCCUUGUAUGAUGAAUGGCUGCAAUUUGACACCAAGAAACUCAAGCGACACGGUCGUUGGCUGUAUUGUGCUCUGAUAAGCACAGUUGAAGACAUCAGCAGCGAGGACGAUGACCAAACUGAUGAUGAUUAUUAUGAUGAUGUAGAGCCUUUGUAUGGACAGGAAGCCUCCCGUCAGUGGAACAUUCAAGGAGAGGCAAAACAAGAGAGCUUGCUGGUUAGAUUCUUUCUCUGUUUUGCUGUGACUCGCAACCUGUCCAAACUCUUAGACACUCGGCAGAAGGACACAAGCAUCGGUUCACUGAACGGAAUCCGUGUCAUUAGCAUGACGUGGGUCAUCCUGGGUCACACCCUGUUCUUUUCAUUGAUCUAUUAUACUACCCAAAACGGUGCUGUUGUGUAUGAGUGGAGCAAAGAUUUUGGCUUUCAAGCUAUUUUAAAUGCGUUCUUCGCUGUGGAUUCAUUCUUUUUUCUCAGUGGUCUCUUGGUUUCCUUCUUGACAUUGAGUCGGAUGCAAGAAUUGAGAUCAGUCAAAGCCUGGGUGUGGUUUUAUUUCCAUCGUUACUGGAGAUUGACUCCUGUUCUGGGCCUGACCAUUCUGGUGUGGAUGUUCAUUCAGCCAUUCUUUGGUGAUAGCCCAGUCUGGUAUACAAAUACAGCCAGGACUUCAUGUGAGAAAUACUGGUGGACUACCCUCCUGUACAUCAACAAUUUCUACCCACAGGGUUUUGCCUCGCAGUGUGUUGGUUGGGCAUGGUACCUGGCUAAUGAUAUGCAGUUCUUUAUCAUCAGCCCAUUUCUGCUGGCUCCUUUAUUUUAUGCUCCUGUGAUUGGUUGGAUUGCUCUGGUGUCGUUAAGUAUUGUAUGCAUGGCUGCGACUGUUGCAAUUAUGGUAUCAUACGAUGCUUCAGUGGACCUUAUUGGUAUGGUCCAGUCACAGAGUAAUGGUUACGGUCUGGACGAUAAUUCCUUAGUGUAUGAGAAACCCUACUGUCGUAUCGGUCCCUAUCUUGUCGGUAUCGGACUGGGCUUUAUCAUGCACAGGAUUGGUAACCGCAAAGUCAAGAUGUCACCGUUUAUUGCCCUCACUGGCUGGCUGGUUGCCGCUGGUAUCGCCAUCAGUGUCCUGUAUGGGUUGUAUCCGACGUACCAUAAGCCGGAAGUCGCCAUGUCCAGGGCAGGUGAAGUCGCCUAUGGAACUCUUAGUCGAUAUGCUUGGGGUGUUGCACUUGCUUGGGUUACCUUUGCGUGCAAGUAUGGCUACGGAGGUUGGAUCAAUAAUUUCUUGUCUUGGACUUUCUGGGUUCCUCUUGCUCGUCUCACCUAUUCUGCUUACUUGUUCCAUCCAAUUGUUUUGAUGACCUUCUACCUGAAUUUUGGGACGCCAAUCUAUGAGUCCAGGUACCUCAUGGCAUACUUCUUUGCUGGGAAUCUGUUGUUGUCGUACGUGAUCGCACUGUUUGUUGCCCUCGCUGUUGAGUAUCCAUUCGCAGCUCUUGAGAAACUCUUCAUGCCCAACAAUCCAAAGGAGAAGAUUGAGAGUUACCAUAGAAACCAACAGAACCUCUCUCUGUGAGUUCCCUAGAUCUCUAACCGAUUUCGCAAAACCUUUUGCAAUGGCCUAACUUCACUUAACCUAUAUGUACAUGUUGUUGCUUAAGUUUCACAACGCAUUUCAUGAAAGUUAACGACUGAUCAAGUCCAAAACUUGUGCAACAAACUAUGACGAAACUUAUGCAGUCAUUUUAAGGAGCAUAAGCUUGGCAAAACAAAUUUGAAAUGAUUGAUUUAACUUAUCAACGAUAUUCAUUGAGGCACAACAUUGCUAGACUUAAGGUUUCUAUGAGAGAAGUACAACUUUGUUAAUAAGAGGUAAUGAGUUAAUGGUUAAGAGAUUUUUUCUGCCUAGUGCUUGUGAAGAGAAGACGAACUUAUUUUCAAAAUGGUGGACAUAGUUAAUUUAACAACUGUUUGAUGACUGCUGUUAUAUUGAAAAGAACAGUUGUAAGAGCUAUGAUCAUGUAGCUCUUGAAGGUUUGCAUGGUGGAAUGUGAUAAUUUAGAGGGUUUGCGGAUACACCGUGUGGAAAAUAUUUCUUUUGAGUAUUUGUGGUUCUGAAAAGAACCGGUUACUCGACGUUUUGGACAGUGAGUGCUUUGUCUGUCUUCAGGACUGUCCGAAACGUUGAGAAACUGGUUCUUUUCAGAAUCAGACAUACUCAAAAGAGAUAUUUUCCACACGGUGUAUCUGCAAACCCUCUACCUUAGCUAUGAUCAUCCGUGUCCAGUAUGUUUGAUACAGUUAAAAUGUUGUACACCAAUACGGCCGUUUCACGAUAGUGCACCACCAAGAGUUUGCAACGCCUUGGCCAAUCACAAUGCGUGA